AUGGUGAGGGCAAAACUUAUCUUAAUCUGCCAGUGGGGUGGCGAAUUUGUCAAGAAGGAUGAUGGAACCAUGUGCUAUACUGGAGGGGAUGCGCAUGCUGUAGAUAUCAAUCAUGAAACCUUAUUUGAUGAUCUCAAGUUGAAGUUAGCUGAAAUAUGCAAUUUAGAGUAUAAAUCUUUGUCCAUCAAGUAUUUUCUACCAGGAAAUAGGCGAACUCUCAUCACGUUAUCCAGUGAUAGGGACCUGAAAAGGAUGUAUGAGUUCCAUGGUAAUGCAGUAACUGGUGAUGUUUUUGUCAUAGGAAAAGCUGGCUUCGAUGGUGAUGAAGCCUUAAACACACUAAAAAGGGCAUGUGGGUUAAAAGUGGCAGACUCUGUGAUUCCUAUUGCUGCCUCCAGUACUUCAGCUGUUGUUUUUCACGCUGAUGCUAAUCGUCCUGUUGCAGCUAAUUCACCAAUUGCACCAAGUAAUGUUAAUACCACAGUUGUUCCUGCUGCUUCAAAUAUUACUCCAGAUGUCCCUUCCCUUCGUCCUAUUCCACAACAAGCAGGAUCUGUUGUAUCUGACAAAGAACGGACUCAAAGCCCAAGUGGAUUGACUCAUACUGCUCACAUUUCCCCUGCCUUUACUGAUCAUGCAGAUGCUACUACCUCAAUUCCAACCGGUUCCAUUUCUCUUGCUGCUGAUGCAAGCAUCUACAGCUUGGACAUAUAUGGUGUGGACUCUACCCCUGCUGGUGUUAUUAGUUCCACUCCAAAUGGUUCCAUUUCUGUUGCUGCUGAUGCAAGUGUCCACAGCUUGGACAUAAUUGAUAUGGACUGCACCCCUGCUGAUUCCGUUAAGAAACGAAGGCGCACUGCUGCAUGGAAAAUUGGUCCAGAUGGCCCUACCAUUGUUUCUAUCAAUGAGGAUAUUGGGGAUGAAAGAAAUUCUGUGUCCAGGAAGAAGAAUACUCUCAACUUUAAAACUGCUCCAGAAACUGAUAAUGAGGAUCAGGAAGAGGAGAUUGUGCCGUGUAAUAGCAUUGACCAUAAUCAGGACAUUCUACGCCCGUCAAAUGAUGUUCUGUCUGAAGAGUUGGUCACAUUGUGGAAAGAUGGUAUCACUGGAGUUGGACAUGAGUUCCCAAGUGUUAAUGAAUUUCGCGAUGUACUGCAAAAAUAUGCCAUUGCUCAUCGUUUUAUGUAUAAGUUCAAGAAAAACGACACUAACCGUGCAAGUUGCAUAUGUAUAGCUGAAGCCUGUUCUUGGAGAAUUCAAGCAUCCUGGGACUCAUCUUUGGAAAAGUUUGUGGUAAAGAAGAUGGAGAAAAGGCAUACAUGUGAAAGGGAGACAUGGAAGUUUUAUCAUCCGAAAAAAAAUUGGUUAGUUAGUAUCAUUAAAGACAGAUUAACUGAUAAUCCACAUCUGAAGCCGAAAGAAAUUGUCAGUAGCAUUCUUCAGGAUUUUGGAAUUACGGUGAACUCUACUCAAGUACGGCGUGGAAUUGAAGAUGCAAGGGAACAACUUAUGGGUUCUUAUAAAGAAGCUUAUAACCAGUUACCUUGGUUUUGUGAGAAAAUGGCAGAGGCAAAUCCUGGUAGUAAUAUUAGGCUUUUCACUGGUGAGGAUAAGAGAUUUCAGCGUCUCUUUGAAUGCUUUCAUGCAUCAAGACAUGGUUUUCAGAAUGGUUGCCGACCUAUUCUUUUUCUUGAUUCUAUGCCUUUAAGAUCAAAAUUCCAUGAGACAUUUAUUGCAGCUACUGCUUUGGAUGGGGAUGAUGGUGCAUUCCCGGUUGCAUUUGCAAUAGUAGACGCUGAGAAUGAUGAUAACUGGCGUUGGUUUCUGGAGCAAUUAAGAUCAUCUGUUUCGACCACACAGUCCUUAACUAUUGUCUCUGAUAGAGAGAAAGGGCUGAAGAAAUUAGUGACUGAGGUAUUUGAGAAUGCUCAGCAUGGCUACUCUAUGCACCACCUUCUAAGAAGCUUCAAGAAAAACUUAAGGCCGCCAUUUCAUAAAGAUGGGAAGGGUUCUUUGCUAACUUGUUUCAUGGCUGCCGCCCAGUCACUUCGACUUGAUGGUUUUAAGUAUUUUAUGGAUCAAAUUAAACAGGUUUCAUCACAAGGUUAUGACUGGGUCGUCCAGAUUGAACAAGAAUGUUGGACAAAUGUAUUUUUCAGAGGUGAGCACUACAAUCAUAUUACUGUCGACAUUGCAGAGACAUACGCCAACUGGAUAGAGGAAAUGCGAGCAUUGCCCAUUAUACGGAAGAUAGAAGUGUUAAGCUCUAAGCUGAUGGAAUUGUUAAACACUCGUCGAACUGAUUCAAGCACUUGGUCUACACAGCUUACUCCAUCCAAGGAGGAAAAACUGCAAGAAAAGAUUCUACAAGCAAGUCGCCUUAAAGUAUUAUUUUCAACUGAUACUCUUUUUGAGGUUCACAAUGAUUCCAUCAAUGUUGUGGAUCUCAACAAAAGGGAGUGUAGUUGUCUGGAUUGGAAAUCAACUGGGCUACCUUGCUGCCACGCUAUUGCUGUUUUCAACUGCAAAGGUAGGAAUGCGUAUGAUUUUUGUUCAAGAUACUAUAAAGUUGACAACUAUCAUACAACUUAUUCGGAAUCCAUAACCCCUGUGGCGGUGCCUUUUAAGCCUUUGGAUGGCGAUAAAAUUGAAUCGGAAGCUGAGAAUGUACUUCCUCCUUCCAUCUCCAGACCACAAAGCCAUGAUAAGGAAAACCAGAAGAAAACAAAAGGUGUGGCCAAAAGGGAAGUGUUUUGCUCAAACUGCAAGGAAACGGGACAUAAUAAAACUACAUGCAAGGCAGGCUCUUAG